CGUCUCGUGGCAUGUGUCAUAUGGUAGCUUGUCGUAACGUGUCUCCGUUGUGUGCUUGUGGUGUUCUGCCGCUGCUCUACAAUUAUCUUGCAUUGGGCUUCUCACAGUCUGAAGUGACACACCUGAACGCCAUCUCACGGGAGCUACAAUGUCUUCAAAUGAAACUGGGUCGGUGCAGGAGGUCCGUACUAUCCCAGGCUACCUCCAGGGCUACUAUAGGCUGGUGGAGAUCUUCAUCUCGCUUAUCAUUAAGGAACCCAAAACUCCAGUGGGCGAGUGGGUGGAAGUCAUCGGUGGGUCCUUUGGUGCGCUAAUAGAAGCCAUUGUACAUCCUAAGAAGGAGGAAAGCGGAAUUUUUGAUUAUUUUCAUUCUCUGACCAAGCACCAGCCUGCGGUGACUGUUAUGGUGGUGAUCAGUGUCUUCCUUAUGCUCUGCUCACUCUUCGGAGGUUUCUUCUUCGUACUGCUUCGCAUGGCUGGCGCGUUUGGAGGACGCAAAGUUCAAAAUAUCACCUCGUGGUACAGCACAGUCUUGCGGCUGCUUUCGACGUGCAUGCUCAUUUGUAUAUCUCUCAACGCGACCUGCAUAAUCUGCAUGUGGGGCAGCGUGGAAUUCCUCGUCCUAUUUUCCAGGGACAGUAACGCCGUCAUGAAGGACGGAAUGAAGGUCGUAGAGAACUACCUCGUCGACACUAUAGCGCAAAUGAUGUCAGUCACGAAAAACAUGGCUGCAAUCAAGAGCGGUCUUCACCAAAACAUUUCUGACAUCCAAGCAAGCCUGAAUAGUUCAUUGAUCGAGAGUCUUGCCACGAAGUCUCUUGAAUCCUGUCACCUACCGUCACCACGAAUGUUAUCUGAACUGAGCAAUUGGGCCUCUGGUCUUUCAGGACCAUUAAACAGUCCAGUGAAACAAGCUAUUGAUGUGGAUAUCGACAGUUUACGAAAGGUGCUGACACCGGUUUUCGAUAGCUUCCGGACAACCUAUUCUGAGAUGCUAAAAUCCUUCAGCAGAGAGUCGAUCGUGAGGACCGAAUACGACUACGCCUCCGACAUCUUGACAAGGAAGACGCAGGACCUCAUGGUCAUCUCUGUUGCGGUAAUUGCCGAUAUCAUCGAGCUAAACAAAAGCCUCCCGUUGCCAGAGCUCUCUAUCAUGGGCUUUCUGGGCAAACUCACCCUCACGGAUGAAGUCUUCAGGUACUUGGAGGGCUACGGGACGCUGGUGUGUUGGUUAGCCGGCACGCUGCUUUCUGUUGUGUUCCUGAGCACCGUUGUUGGUAUUUGUUGUCACAGCGAGGAGAUACCGCCCAACAAGAGGGGAUUCCUGUCGAACCAGGCAGGCAUCAUGAUUGUCAUGUCUUCCUUGGUGAUGUGGCUCUUCUGUUCUGCCAUGAUGCCUUCUACGAUCUUGUUCAUGAUGAGCGGUGUGAUUACCGAAGCCUACGUCUGCAAUCCGUACAAGGAGCACAACAUACAGUUUUUGGACACGGUAAUAUACGAAAUGUACGUCCGCUCAGACGCUGAGCCGAACCCCAACCUCUACAACACAACAAUGAAACCCAGUUUGAUAAUGAGCUAUUGCCCAAAUAAUCCGGCGCUCGUGAAUUUAACGAGAAACCAGGACCUCAAAGGAUUUGAAAACGUCGUCUCCGCCUACAAUCCCCCCAAGUAUUACGAGAGGCUCAGAAAUGGAACAGCCUUCAAGGCAACGGCCCUCAACACAGAUUUUCCGAAACGCACUUCAUUCGGUGCGACGGGACGCAUGUCGCUGAUCGAUCUCUCAGAAAAGAUCACCGGACUCGACCCUGCUGGUCUGCCGUCUACUCCCAUCACCGCACAGACAGCCAUGGCUUACGCCCACGGAAUGAAGGAAGCCUACCAGAAAUUUAUGGACGGGUCAGCUACAGUAUCAGCGCAGUGGAGCAAGAUGGACGAGUGCAUCGUUAAGGAAAUGAGCGCGAAAUAUUUCCAGGUCGUGCAGCCUAAAACUGCCCCGUACGUUGAGAGGCUAGAAAACAUAUCUGAUUACGUGUCCACUAGUUUGGGAGCAUGCAGGUCUCUGUCCGACUUCUACGCCAAUGCGUUCACGUUGUUAUGCGACGCUACCCUUGACAGCAUGAACGGCUUCUGGGUAUCCCUGUGGCUAGUUACCUUCCUCUUCAGCUGCAUGAUUGCUUGUGGCCUGAAACUGUCUAAGUAUUUCAUGCGAAUGGACGAUUACACGUACGGGGGCAUAGAGCUUGAAGAAUCUGUAGAGGAAGACGACGGCGCGGGCGACGGGAACAGCGUAUCCUACGCACCCAGCGGAACUCUCAGCUUUUCCCAGGGAAGACACAAAUGGAGACGCCCUCGCAUAGACCUCGAAGGAAAAUUUAUGAAGUUUGAAAUAAACCCCUAUCAAAAACCUGACAUGGAGGUUGUGGAAGCAGGCGAACAAGAGGACGAACAAGCCUUCAUCGACCUGCCCCGAGUACAACAAGAUAGGCUUCGAGAAUUCGUCCCAGAGAACUUGGCGGAAGACCUCAAACGUGCUAAGGCCGUGCUCCAGAGAUACCCCAGGCCUCCCAUUCAGCAGCAGCAAAUGAUGCUCCAACAGCAAAUGAUGCAGCCCCCAGUUGCAACGCAGGCGUCAGCGCUUGCUCCACGGAGAGUGUAGUGCAAGAUUUCCCAUCGACGUCAAACCCAGGAGAACCUACAUCUGCAAGGGACAAGUCCUGCUUAUAAUUUUGGUGAAUGUGUCGGUGUUAAUUUAAAUUUGCUCUGUGCAUUAUUGUUAUGUCAUUAACAGAACGUCUCAAUACACAUAUCCCAGCU